CGAGGUGCUUCCCUCUCUCGCUAUGGAGUUGAGCACUGUGUUUCUCUGAGCUCGCCAUGGAGUACAGAAAACUGAAAGACGAGGAAAAAGAUGGGGGUGGAGUUGAUCCAGAGGGUCAUCAUGGAAAACCUCUCUCUGGUGUUCCUAUACGUGCUGUUGACAAGUUGGGGGGUAGUGUGCUUGAUAAAUCCAAGUGGACGAGCAAGUCGCUUGUGACAAUUGCCUUGACAUUGCUUACUAGCUCACAGGCAAUACUUAUUGCAUGGUUAAGGAGAGCAGGAAAGUAUGAUUAUAGUGUAACAACUGCAAAUUUUUUGGGGUUUUUUUCAUGGCUAUUCUCUUAUCACGAUUUGCACGAAUCUGAAUCAUGCCCUCAGGUAUAUUCCACUUCGGUUGCGAUGCUUCUUACGGCAGUAGUAUCAGUGUUUCUCUUUGGGUUUCAUCUUUCUCUUGCAUUCUUUCUUGGCUCAACGUCGGUUGUGUCUUUGUCAAUCUAUCUACAUUCCAUUGGGAAAGUACAGAGAUAAUACAGGUUACUUUCCAACCAUUACUUUUUGUCUUCACUGAGCCGCAGGUGGCUUCUCUCCUCUCCCAAGUGUAUCCAAGGCUGAGAAUCAGGAUAAGCGCCAAUUGAUGCACCAGAGGUAUUGCAUCGCCUUGCCCCCCCUCUUUCUCUCUCUCUCCCUCCCUUUCACAGUCCCUCUCACUUGUUUGUUAAUAGAGUAUGAACAGUGGCAUCGAGAUUAUAAUGGAAUUGGCAUGUUGUCAGUUUUAUGAGAUUUGGAAAUUGACAUUUGCGAAUUUGCGUCUCUCUUAUCUGUCUCAGAAUGUAAGCCUGAUUUUUAUAGAACUUUUGGUCUUAUUUUUUAACUAGAAUUUGUUUUUUUUUUGCAUGAAAGGAUUCACGAUCUUCGUUUUUUCUUGAAUUCUAUAAUCACAACUCCAUGUAGUUCUCCAAUGUUUGGUAUUCUUGGCUUUAUUGAAUUUUAUUUUUUUGGAUUGGUGAA